AUGGACGCGUCGGCGCUCCUCGUGUGGCUCCUGUACGCGGGCGUAGCGCUCCUCCUGCUCCUCGUGAGCACGUCGUUCGUGCUCUACGCACAGCCCAAACACGGCGCCUCGUCUUCUCUCGCCGCCUUCGCCCACACGUCCACUCUCAGCGCCGCACCGCUCUCCGUCUCCUCGCGCUUUGUUAACAGCGUCUGCGUCCUCGCGCUCUACGCGUCGCUCCUCUGCCUCUUCACUGCCCCCGUCGACGUCUAUCUCCUGGACAACGCGCUGCCCCACGUCCCGUCGAACGCCCGCGCGCUCCGCGUGCUGUACCGCGUCUAUCUCGCGCUACUGGCUCUGUACUCCUUCGGGGGGGCGCCGCUUGCGUACAACUACGCCAAACAGACGGAAAUCGCGCACCUGACGCUGCGCUUCUCCGCCCGAGAGCGGCUCUUUGCGGCCGCGAAGCGCACCGUGUGCUUCCUGCUCGGUCUGUCGCUCUUGCUGCUCGUGGUGAUGGUCGUGCUGCUCUGUGGGAAGCCCGCGAGCUCCGAUAUCGAGUGGCUCCGACCGCUGCUCCGGUUUUCGUCGGACCUGGAGACGUUCCUGCGACUGCUGGUGGGGACGUUGGCACUCACGGGUAUGUACUUGUGGCUGUGUGUGUGCAGUCGCGGGCUCGCGAGUGUGCCGCUCGUGGGGCUCCUCAUGGAAGACCACAGCAUUGACGAGAACAUGACGACGUUUGAAGCGCUGUUGCGGGAAAAUGCGCUGGAAUCGCGGGCGACCGCGCAGACGAGAGAUACGAUUGUGCAGCGAUAUGCUGUCAAGCAGCAAAUGAGUGGCGCGGACCAGGAACGACUGUCGCAAUUGAAGACGCGAGCACAGCUUCUUGAAGAACGUCGAGACGUGCUGCGUGAAAACCUGCAGCGUUUCGCGCUGACGGGGAAAUUGACGUGCUGGAAGAUACCGAUCGGUGUCGUGUUGAUGCUCCUGUCGCUGCUGAUUGUCACGUCGAUGCUCAGCACGAGCGUCGACAAGAUGGCGCAUUCGAGCUUUGCCCGUGGUUUUCUCCUGAACGCACCGAAGUUUCCGAACCCGAUGGAUCUACUGUUGGUGAUCGCAUCGCGCGUGUUCCCGUUGGACUACGUGGUCUUUGCAGUGCUGUUCGUGUACUUGUUCGCAGUUUCGUUGGUGGUGCUCAAGCGCCACGGCCUGCAGUUUCUGUGCUUCCGACUGGGACGAUUGCAGCCGCGACUGACGUCUGCCGCUACAAUGACCAUUCUGUCGCUCGUGCUCAUGCAGCUCGCCAUGGUGGGGCUCUUCGCGCUGCUCACGUUGGCGCCCCAGUACGCCACCUUUGGUCACCAAACGUUUGUGGAUGCGUCGGGUCGCGUUGUUCCCUGUAGCCUGGAAGAGGCGGCCAAUGCUGCUGCAGCUGCAGCUAAGUCUGGUGGUCAGCCGGAUCAUUGCCGCAUGACGCAGCUGGCGCGGUUUUACAACGCUCUUGCAGUCGAGCUGCCCAUGUUUGGCACGGCCUUUUUCGUCGGCCAGCUUUUGUUUGCUGCAGCGUUCGUGCCGUGGAUUGCACAUGCCUAUUGCAUGGCAAAGAAGCUCGACGAUCCUACCGAUCCCAAGCGCCAGCGACUGCUAGACGACUAUUAA